AAACAGCAGCUGGUUCGACUCUGUUUACUCAACUCUCUUCAUUCAUCCGUCUUGUUAGUCUCAGUUAGUUUUAGCUGAUAUUGAAGUUAUUAGCCUGGUGCUGAGACAAACUGUAGAGAAGAUACAAACUGUCUUCCACAAAUCCCUCCAGAUCAGCUGUGAAGUAGCGAAUCUCGACACCUGCAGAGGAAAGAGGCAGCCAUCGCUUUAACUUCACUAAACCUUUUGUGAGUUUGCCUCAGACUGCUGACGUCUGCAUUUUGAAUCAGGUCAGCAACUCAGAGAUCACGAGCGGGGUGAAAUAAAAAGUCCAGGAUCAGCUUUAGUCAGUCAUGGCAGACUGGAGCCUUUUGGGUAACUUCCUGGAGGAAGUACAGGAACACUCCACCUCUGUUGGCAAAGUGUGGCUGACCAUCCUGUUUAUCUUCCGCAUCCUGGUGCUUGGGACGGCUGCCGAGUCAUCAUGGGGUGAUGAACAGGAAGAUUUUGACUGUGACACAGAACAGCCCGGCUGCGAGAACGUCUGUUACGACCGAGCGUUUCCUAUAGCACACAUAAGAUACUGGGUGCUCCAAAUUGUGUUUGUGUCCACUCCAAGUCUAAUCUACAUGGGUCACGCCAUGCACACGGUUCGCAGGGAGGAGAAGAGGAGGAGCAGGGAGGAGGAGGAAGGAGGUGGAGGGGGGAAAGAGGAAGACCAAGGAGGAGGUGAAGAAGGAGGUGGAGGGGAUAAACAUGGACGAAAUGCGGAGAAGGACGAGAGAAAGGAUAAAGAUGAAGGUCCAUCUGCAGGUCGAGUUCAACUGAGAGGGGCGCUGUUAAAGACAUACGUGCUGAGUAUUCUAAUCCGUACCAUCAUGGAGGUGUUGUUUUUGUGUCUGCAGUACUUUCUCUAUGGAAUCUUCCUCCAACCUCUGUAUGUCUGCAAGGCGUGGCCAUGUCCACAUCCAGUCAACUGUUACGUCUCCAGACCCACAGAGAAAAAUGUCUUCAUAGUGUUCAUGUUGGCUGUGUCAGCCGUGUCUCUGGUGCUCAGCGUGCUCGAGCUCUAUCACCUGGCAUGGAGACACUGCUGCAGGAAACGUUUCUUUUCCGCAAAGACUGUCACUCCUCCUAACACCUCCAUGGUCCGGCAGAUCUCCAUGUCUCCACCUCAACCAUCAACCCCACCUCCAGGUUUCAAUCAGUGUGUGACUGGCUCCUCGCAUUUCCUACCGCUCCCUUUCCCCAACAACCGACUCGCCUCCCAACAAAAUUCAGAGAACAUGGUGACAGAGAAGAACAACAUAGCUGCUGCAGUAGAAGAUGCAAACUUUCUCCAGAUGAACUGCUAUUCAACCAAAUGGGAGAGCUGUAGAAAUGACCAAUUUCAAGAUGAAGUGUACCUGAGUUCAGACACUAACUGCUACAGUCCUGAGAGCAGAAACAUGAUGUGCCUUCAGAUCCAGAACAAUGGCCCAGAUGGGAUGCUGCUGAAGGACAAACGAAGAUUCAGCAAAACAAGUGGAACAAGCAGCCGAACAAGAGCGGACGAUCUCUCUGUUUAGAAAGCAAACCACAGACAGACUUCAGCUACUCUCACAUUAGUUACAGUGCCUUCCAAUAAGAUUCAUACUAAUUAGCCUUUUCCAUUGCAACCACAAACUUUGGUGUAUAUUAUUGGGAUUUUAUGUGACAUAGGACCACAGAGUAUUGUGUGAUUAUGAAGUUGAAGGGAAAUUACACAUGGUUUUCACAAUC